AUAUGUUCACAUUUUAAAUCAGGUUUUAGCCUCGACAGAAGAUUAUCCAUCUAGUGCGUACUAUCUAAAACCUACAAAAAUCCUCCUAGAAGGAGGACCAACCCACCCCAACCCACAAAUAUAAAAAUCCUGAAAAACCCGAAAACGAAAUCCCACAAACAUUUCCUCUUCUUUAGUUUCCUAACCUGCAAAAUAUCAUCAUCAACAACAUCAAAAUCAUCAUUAUCAAUUCAUCUUCAUUUUUACUACAACCAUCGCAUACGGUUGUUAUUGUCGGCGACAAACUCUGUCACCGGCGAAUCUUGUCGGAAAUUGGAUAUUUGAAGUAAAAGCAAUCAUCAAUACUGGGUAGUGACGGCUCCGAAACUUGUCGAUCCGGCAACUGUUGUCGCUGUGUUGAUUGGCUACUUAAGCUUCUCAAAAUGGACAUCGAUUCGCCUUCGCCGUCGUCGUUGCGGUCUCUUUCUCCUCGUCAUCGAAUCAUUCAGAGACUGGCAAUAAUUGGAGUUUCUGAGGAGUAUCUAGAAGAUCUUCAGCCUGGUUUGGUUCGUUUCAUAAAAUUCAACAAGCACCUGUUGCCUGAUAUAGUCUCAGCCAUUUUGCCUACAGACACAGAUAUUGAAGGAGUGGUUGGUGAUAGAAAAUUUGGGUCUAAGAAGGCUCUGGAUCAUCCUAAUUUGAAAGAUGUCUAUAACGAAAGCAUGAUUUGGCUAAAGUGGUUGAUGUUUGAGCAUGAACCGAGUAUUGCUCUGAAAAACCUGGCUAGUUUGAAUGUUGGUCAGCGUGGUGUGUGUGGUUCUGUUUGGGGGAGGAAUGAUCUAGCAUUUCGGUGUAAAACAUGUGAGCAUGAUCCAACUUGUGCAAUCUGCGUUCCAUGUUUCCAGAAUGGAAAUCACGAGAAUCAUGACUAUUCAAUCAUAUAUACUGGAGGGGGUUGCUGUGAUUGUGGUGAUGAGACUGCCUGGAAACGAGAGGGCUUCUGUUCAAAGCACAAAGGCGCAGAACAAAUACAACCUCUCCCAGAUGAGAUUGGCAAUUUAGUUGGACCAGUAUUAGAUAUUCUUCUCAGGUGUUGGAAAGGUAAAUUAUCAGUUGUUGAAAACAUGUUGAGAGGGGAUUCAGUCAGCAAACAUGACACAGAGCCAAGAAUAGUAGCUAAUGCGUUUUCCUAUGUUGUGGUGGAGAUGCUUCUUGAUUUUUGCAAUCAAAGUGAAAGUUUGCUUAGUUUUGUUUCUAAGAGGUUGAGUGACACAGUUGAUUUACUAUAUAUGUUGGCAAGAGCUGAGAGGUUCUUAAGUGUUGAUGCCGCAAAGAAGUUGCAUGAGUUGCUAUUGAAACUUCUGGCUGAACCUAUAUUUAAGCUUGAGUUUGCUAAGGCAUUCGUUGAUUAUUACCCUGCUCCUGUGGCUGAGGUUCUAAGGACAUCGAGUGAUAAUGUUCUUAAGAAAUACCCUCUAAUUUCAACAUUUUCUGUGCAAAUUUUUACUGUGCCAACACUAAUACCAUACCUUGUUAAAGAACGGAAUCUUUUGGCUAUGCUUCUGGAAUGUCUGGGUGAAAUUGUCUUUUCUUGCUGUGGAGAAGAUGGUCAGUUUCAGUUUAACAAGUGGGUUGGUGUGUUUGAUACAUGUAUCCGUGUGAUGGAAGACAUAAAGUUUGUUGUAAGUCAUUCUGUGGUAGCCAAGUAUGUGACACAUGAACGACCAGAUAUUGUCAAAGUUUGGUUGCAGAUUUUGUCUUUAGUGCAAGGCAUGAACCCUCAAAAGCGAGAGACUAGCAUCCACAUUGAAGAAGAUCCUGAUAAUACACACCUGCCUUUUAUUGUGUGCAACUCUAUUGCUAGCAUUCAUUUGCUUCUAGUGAAGAGUGCUUUCUCUGCUGCUGAUGGUGAAGAUAUGGAUAAGGAGGCUUCUGUUGAGAAAGAAAAAUUAGAUACUGAUGAUGGAUAUAGUCAGAGACAUGCUAAAGUUGGUAGACUUUCUGAAGAAAGCUCCAUCUGCAGCUCAGCAGCUGACAAUAGUACAUCAGAAUCUUCAUCACAGAAGUUUGAUGUUACGCGUAAUUUUGUAGUCAUACCUGCUGUCUUGCAGCUGACAUGUGAAUCAACAAAGGCUAUUGAUGGUUGGUUGGCAGGGAGUAAUGUUGUAUCUCAUGUCAGUAGUGACAUUUCAUGUUGCAAAUUAUCAGCGUUCAAGGAAGCCUUGUUGAGUAUCAAGAGGGGAACAUGCGUUUCAGGCCUAUCUGACGGCUCCUCAGUGACUAGUGCCUGUCCAAUGGAAACUGGGGAUAUUGAAAAGGAUGUGAGUAAUAUGGAAACAGGAACAUCUGCUGAAAAAGAUGCCUUGUCUUUGUUGAGUUUAUCUGAUUGGCCAGAUAUUGAUUAUGAUGUAAGUUCUCAAGAGAUAUCAUUACAUAUGCCCUUGCAUGGAUUACUGUCUUUAGUUUUGAAGGAGGCUCUUAGGCACUAUUAUGGUGAAUUUGUACUGACAGAUAAGGGUGACUUCAGUUAUCUGAAUCCUUUAUCAUCUGAUCACCUUGAUUUCUUCCGAAAAUUACUUAAAGGCUGUCAUCCCUAUGGAUUUUCUUCUUUCAUGAUGGAGCAUCCACUGCAAAGCAGGGUAUUUUGUUCCCAGGUUCGUGCUGGGAUGUGGAGGAAAAAUGGUGAUGCUGCAAUAUUGUGUUUCAACUGGUAUCGUUCUAUUCGCUGGUCUGAUCAUGAGCUAGAGCUUGAUCUAUUUUUGCUGCAGCUAUGUGCUGCAUUUGCUCCAGCUGAUCUAUAUGUAAGAAGAAUCUUAGAACGGUUUCAAUUGUCCAAUUACCUUGCCUUGGAUCUCAAGCGUUCUAGUGAGUAUGAGCCUGUUUUAAUGCAAGAGUUGCUCACCCUAAUAAUACAGAUAGUCAAAGAGAGGCGAUUUUGUGGACUGACGGCAUCUCAGAGUCUGCAAAGAGAACUGGUUUGCAAGCUUGCAACUGGCGAUGCUACUCACAGUGAACUUGUGAAGUCUCUACCUAAGGACCUAUCGAAACUGGAUCAAUUACAGGGGGUCUUAGAUAGAAUUGCUCAAUACUCUAAUCCAUCAGGACUAAAUCAGGGAAAGUACUCUCUGCGAAUGCCAUAUUGGAAAGAACUAGAUCUGUACCAUCCAUGUUGGAACCCUAGAGACUUGCAGGUUGCUGAGGAAAGAUACUCUCGUUUUUGUGGGGUUUCUGCCCUUAGUGCUCAAUUGCCUAAGUGGACCAAUAUUUAUGAACCAUUGAUUGGAAUAGCUAGAGUAGCUACCUGCAAGACUAUUAUCCAGGUCAUUCGGGCUGUCCUCUUUUAUGCUGUCUUUACAGAUAGAUCAACAGAAUCACGUGCUCCUGAUGGAGUACUUAUAACUGCGCUGCACUUGCUUUCUCUAGCACUGGAUAUUUGUUCUUUAGAGAGAAAUUCUGGCCAUCAAUCUACUCAUUGUGGGGAGUGCAGUCUGUUAGUGGAUGUUGCAACUGAUGAAAUUGAAGUGGGUUUGCAUGAUGGAUCUAGUCAUCAGAGUUUACUGUCACUUCUGGUCAUAUUGAUGAGGAUGCACAGGAAAGAAAACAUGGGCAGCUCAAUUGAAGCAGGGAACUUCAAAAUUUCUUCCCUAGUAGAAAUUCUGCUGAAGAAAUUUGCUGACCUAGACUAUAAAUGCGUAUUGAAACUUCAGCAGUUUGCUCCUGAAAUCGUUAACAAAGCUGAUGACACAGUGAGCAAUUCAGCUUCUGACGCUGAGAAGAGGAAGAUGAAAGCCAGAGAACGACAAGCUGCCAUAUUGGCAAAAAUGAAAGCUGAGCAAUCUAAAUUUCUGGCAACCUUGAAGUCUUCAGCUGAUGCUGGGUCAGAUGAUGCCGGUUUUGAGAAAGAUGAGCAUGCUUCUAAUGUACCACAAGAUUCCGAAGAAACACAUGUCUGUUGUCUUUGUCAUGAUCCUAAUUCUAGAAAUCCAGUAUCUUUUCUUAUUUUGCUUCAGAAAUCUAGGAUUGUAAACUUUGUUGAUAGAGGUCCUCCUUCAUGGGAACAAGGUUGGCAGUCCGAUGGGCUGGAGAGCUCUGUAUCUGCGUCUGUGAGGAUAGAUCCUACAGCUAGGGUUGCUAAUACUAGCUCUGUGGAUAGUUUACCAUCUUCUCAGUUGGCACAGUUAGUAGAAGGUGCUGUAGAUGAGUUUGCUGCUCAGGCUCACCCUGAAGAACUUCAUGCCUUUACAGAUUACCUCAAAUCUCAAUUUCCCGAGCUUCGAAAAAUUAAAAACCCUGGCAAAUUUACUGAGAAGAAGGAUAAGACUGUACAUUCCCUUGAAUCAUUGGAGAAAGAUUUAUUUUGUUUUAUUCACAAAGAGAUUAGUGUUAUUCACGAUUCUGAUUUUAUAAGGGAUGGUGAAGGAUCCUCUUCGGGUAAGAAUGCUGCAAACUCAUCUUACCGGGACUCCCCGUUGCUCGGAAAAUAUAUAGCUUCUCUUACAAAAGAGUCUAGAGAUCCUUUGCAAAACAACAAUUCCCGUAGAGUGGAGCCUGCUGUGCAGAUUUCGUCUUAUAAUGAAUUUCGCCCCUUGGGUUGUGAUGGGAUUCAUGUUUCCUCCUGUGGCCAUGCAGUUCAUCAAGGAUGUCUUGGUCGUUAUUUGUCGUCAUUAAAAGAAAGACUUAUCAGAAGAAUGGUAUUUGAAGGCGGGCAUAUUGUUGAUCCAGAUCAAGGUGAGUUUCUCUGUCCAGUAUGUCGUCGCCUCGCAAAUUCUACGCUACCUGCUGUGCCAGGUGAUUCUCAUAAACUUUGGGAGCAGCCUACGAAUUUCAACAUUUCUACAGUGCAUCCAUUUGGAUCUUUGACUGAGUCAAAGAAGGAGAAUGGUUCCUUGCAGCUUCAAUACACCUUGUCUAUUUUACAAACUGCAGCUUCUGCUGUUUCAAGGGGUGAAAUGCUUAAGGCUUUGCCUAUGCAGAGAAACCGAAGGAUUAGGCCUAAUCUUGAACCUGUCUUUCAAUUGUUAAGUGGAAUGUAUUUUCCAGAUAAACAGGAUACGGUUUCAAGGUCGGGGAGGGUGAGCCCUUCUGUUCUUAUGUGGGCCACUCUCAAGUAUUCUCUUAUCUCAACAGAAAUUGCUGCUCGCUGUGGAAAGAGCUCUCUUAGUGCAAGAAAUGGUCUAAGCUCUCUGUAUGAUGAAUUUAAUUCAUCUGGUGGAUUUAUACUUCCGUUGCUGCUGAAAAUCAUCCAGAGUACUAGAAGCAAAAAUUUGCCUGAUUUACUUUUAAGAUUUAGAGGUCUUCAACUCUUUUCAGAAUCCAUUUGCUGUGGCCCAACCCAUGGUAAGGGCCGCACGGAAGGUAUUAGUGGAGAAGGGAAACUUUUGUAUUUAUUAAAACAUACGAAUGGGGAGACGGAAUAUCCUGACAUGCAAUUUUGGGACCAGGCUUCACAUCCUGUUCUUAUCCAUGAUCCUUUUUCAACAUUGAUGUGGAUUUUAUUUUGCUUGCCCUAUCCAUUCUUGUCAUCAAAAGAGUGUUUCUUAUCGCUUGUGCAUACCUUUUAUGGUGUUUCUAUCAUUCAGGCUAUAAUUACUUACUGCUCAUAUUCACAAUGCAACGUUACUGAUUUAGGCUUCCAUGAUUGCCUGGUUGCUGAUAUUGCCAAGUUAGCUGGAAAAUCUGCCGUUGCAAAGAAAUUUUUUGUUUCAAAAUAUGUUGAUCCUUCUUGUCAUGUCAAAGACGUGAUUGAUAAUUUAAGCUUACCAUAUCUGCGAAGAUGUCUGUUGUUAUGGAAACUUCUGAAGUGUUCUGCAAUUUCACCUUCCCUUUCAAGGGCUGGCGACUUUGAUAAAUCAUUAGAUAUCUCUGAUUGUCAGGAGGCUACUGGUAUUGUGGCGGAUAGGGAUGAGAUUAAUGAAUUACGCAACAUGUUUGGAAUUCCUCCUAUGGAUAUUGUUCUUAAAGAUGGAGGUUUACGUUCUAUGAUGUUAAAAUGGUUUCAUCAUUUUUCUAAAGAGUUUGAAGAUCAUUGUGUCCAGCGUGUUCUGCAUUCAACUCCAGCUGUUCCAUUUCAGCUGAUGCGUCUUCCUGUUGUUUAUCAGGAUCUUGUGCAGAGGUAUAUAAAAGUUCGAUGCCCUAAUUGUGAAACUGUGCAAGAUGAACCUGCUUUAUGCCUUUUGUGUGGUAGACUGUGCUCUCCAGCUUGGAAGUCCUGCUGCAGUGAAAGUGGAUGUCAAGCUCAUGCAGCAUCCUGUGGUGCUGGGACUGGGGUGUUCCUCUUAAUCAGGAAAACAACGAUAUUGCUUCAGAGAAAUGCACGCCAAGCUCCUUGGCCCUCGCCUUACCUUGAUGCAUAUGGUGAAGAGGAUGUUGAAAUGCAUCGGGGCAAGCCAUUGUUCCUGAAUGAAGAACGUUAUGCAGCUUUGACAUACAUGGUGGCUUCUCAUGGCCUCGAUCGAAGUUCUAAAGUUCUUCGUCAAACCACAAUUGGCACCUUCUUCAUGGUUUAACUCUCAAAAUGGUACUUCAAAACUUUAGAGCAUUGUAGAUGAUAUGAUAUUAAAGGGUAGGAGAAUAGGAGAUGUAAAGAUUCCGCAGGGUCCUUAACUACACUCAAACCCUUGACCUGCAGAGCCCUCGUGCUGGUCAAUCAUUAAUUAUGCAACUUAUAAGCUUGACUUUUAUGGAUGCUGAUGGAUGAUUCAACUAUGUGGCAGGGCUUAGGAAGUUAGGAUUACAGCAAGUGAAGAGAUGUUGGGUUUAAUGUCUCAUAUAUGCCACUGUUGGUCUGUUGUAAAAAAUGACUUGUUACAUAUGCUAGCUUUUAUGCUCCCAUGUAAAGUUAUCUCAUUUUUUCAAUAUUAUUUUGUUUAUUUAUGAUUGAUGUUAAUCUUGGCUUCAAUGUAAAUUAUUGUGCAUAAGAGGAUCUGCUUGCUGUUGAAUAUGUUAUUUUAGUCGCAACUUUCAAUAUGUUCAUGUAUCAGGAUCUCUAA